AUGACUAUAGCUGUUUCCGACCAGUGGAAUAAAAUCAUAAAAAACAAAUUGUGGAGGGGAAGAGAGGAGGAAAAGGGGAGAAGAAGGAGGGGCGGGCAAGGAAGAGAUCGAGGGGAGCGGGGGAGAAGGAGGGGAGGAGAAGGAGGGAGCGGAGGAGAAGGAGGGGAGGAGAAGGGGGGGAGCGGAGGAGAAGGAGGGGAGGAGAAGGAGGGAAAGAGAGGAGGGGAGGAGAAGGAGGGAAAAGAGGAGGAGAGAGGAGGAGAUCGAGGGGGGCGGAAGAAGAGGGAGGGAGCGGAGGAGGAGGGAGGGAGCGGGGGAGAAGGAGGGGAGGAGAAGGAGGGGAAGAGAGGAGGGGAGGAGAAGGAGGGGAGCGGAGAAGAAGGAGGGGAGGAGAAGGAGGGAAAAGAGAAGGAGAGAGGAGGAGAUCGAGGGGGGCGGAGGAAGAGGGAGGGAGCGGAGGAGGAGGGAGGGAGCGGAGGAGAAGGAGGGGAGGAGAAGAAAGGGAAGAAAGAAAUAUGCCAGUUGUAUGAAGCAGAUCUUCUACAAGUUGAUUCUGCUGCAGAGGAGGCCGUCAUCGAAGGAAUCCUGAAGCGCCUUCACGGAAGCGUCGGAGAGGAAGUGUUCUGGACAGAUGGGGUCGACCUUCUGACAGAAGGAGAGUGGCGCUGGGCAGGAGAAAGGGGAGAGUCACAACUGAUCGAUGGUUACACAAACUGGGCUCCUGGACAACCGGACAACGCCGGCGGAGAGCACUGUUUGGAAAUACGAUACGAUUUUGGCUUUGACUGGAAUGAUCAUGGAUGCUCGGAAAAGAAAGAUUUCAUUUGCGAAGCUCCGUACGAAACAGGCGGGAUCUCUGUUAUUGGCUAA